AUGGCGGUGGCUUGCGGCGACAAUGGUGGCGGCCAGUGCGACUUGCCGCCGCUGGCUGCGGGCCAGACUUACGCCCAGGUCGCCGCAGGAGGACGCCACACAGUUCUGCUCAGGAGCGACGGGGUGGCAGCGGCUUGCGGCGACAAAGGUGGUGGGCGGUGCAAGCUUACGGCGCUGGCUGAGGGCAAGUCUUACACCCAAGUCGCAGCAGGAGCGUUCCACACUGUUCUGAUCAGGAGCGACGGAGUGGCAAUUGCUUGCGGCCGCAAUUGUGACAGCAGGUGCUCACUGCCGCCGUUGGUUGCGGGCCAGACUUACACCCAAGUCGCAGCUGGAGGGAGUCACACAGUUCUCUUGAGAAGCGACGGGGUGGCAGUGGCGUGCGGCCACAAUCGAGAAGGGCAGUGCAUAUUGCCGCCGCUGGCUGCCGGCCGGGCGUACACCCAGGUCGCGGCAGGAGGAAGCCACACGGUGCUGCUCAGGAGCGACGGGAUGGCGGUGGCUUGCGGCGACAAUGGUGGUGGCCAGUGCGACUUGCCGCCGCUGGCUGCGGGCCAGACUUACGCCCAGGUCGCCGCCGGAUCAGACCACACGGUUCUGCUCAGGAGCGACGGGGUGGCAGUGGCUUGCGGCUCCAAUGCCGACGGCCAGUGCGACCUGCCUCUGGCCGUUGAAGGUCUGACGCUCGUGCCGCACUUGCUUCCGACGCUGAUCCUGCAGGCAUCCAUCGACAGUGGCUCCGUGCGUUUCGCGACCUCCAGCGGCGUGGAGCUCUGCCGGAUCAGGGCCGCGCCCGACGCCCCGCUGGGCCGGGUGCACCGCCAGCUGCUGGCCGAGCACCGCAUGGGCAGGCUGGGCCUCGGAGUCGGGCGGGUCGACGCUCUGUUGCGGGCGGGGCGGCUCCUGAGCGAGGCCGCGGCCAAGGAGACCGUCAGGAGCGCCUUCGGCCCCGUCUCGCGCGACGAGGGUGGCGACGGGCACGGCAUGGAACAUGGCCCCCUGGCUCUCGAGGACAUGUUCCCAGUGGGCUGCACGGUGCACCUCGAUGACGGUAAGGGGGGUCGUUGGGUGAGCGCAGCUGGAACAGCCAGAUUGUUCACAUGCCAAUCUCAUUUCGAGGUGCUCGGUGUUGGGCAUGGCCAGCUCCGUGAUCAUCUCCGCGUUGCCUUUGACCCGAAUCCGUUCGACCACCAGUACGGCUUCCUCGAAAUCUCAGAGGCUUUGGUGCGCGAUGGCGGUGCGCGGCCGCCCGCGGCCGCGGGUGGUCACCGCGGGAGAGCGUUUUUUUUGGAGUCCGGGCGACGGCCACACGAGGUCGGGAACGGCAAAAAGGAGGGCGACGACUGGUGGCUGGAGCUCAACGUGCUGCUCUCGCGCGCCAUCCGCCACGAGGACCUCCGGAGCGACGGGUUGGCGGUGGCGUGCGGCGGCAGUCGUCAGGGCCAGUGCGGCCUGCCGCCGUUGGCUGCGGGCCAGAGCCACACCCAGGUCGCGGCAGAAGAACGCCACACCGUGCUGCUCCAGAGCGACGGGAUGGCGGUGGCGCGCGGCGGCAAUAUUGACAGCGAGUGCGACAUGCCGCCGCUGGCUGCGGGCCGGGCUUACACCAAGGACGCGGCAGGAGCGCCCCACGCGGCGCUGCUCGGGAGCGACGGGGCGGCGGCGGCGCGCGGCGUCAAUUAUGAGGGCUAUCGCGACCUGCCGCAGCUGGCUGCGGGCCAGAUCUACAUCCAGGUCGCUGUAGGAGGGGGCCACGCGGCGCUGCUCCAGAGGGACGGGGUGGCGGUGGCGCGCGGAUGCAACGUGAACGGCGAGCGCGACCUGCCUCCGCUGGCUGCGGGCAGGGGGCGCGCCCAAGUCGCCGCAGAAAUGGCCCACGCGGCGCUGCUCCAGAGCGACGGGGCGUCGGCGGCGCGCGGCCGCAGUAGGCACGGCCAGCGCGACCUGCCGCUGCUGGCAGUGGGCCAAGAGCUACACCCUGGGGGUCUGACGUACUUGCCGCAUCUGCUGCCCACGCUGCUCCUGCAGGCGUCCGCCGAGGGCGGCCCCUUGCGCAUCGUGACCUUCGGCGGCGCGGAGCGCUGCCGGAUCGGGGCCGCGCCCGACGCCCCGCUGCGCGGCGCGCACCUCCGGCUGCUGGCCGGUCGCCGCGCGGGCAGGCCGGGCCUCG